GGGGCACUUCCGAUGCGUUUAGGUGCUCAGAAGUGAAGUAACUGCAACUUUGGUGCGGAACUGAAUCUCCCGGUGUUGAUUUGCAUGGGUUUUCUGCGGUUGGGGAAAAUAAGUCCCUGUGCGUAUUUUGCAGCUGCAGGAUAUUUAAAGUAGUUUUUUUUCUCCUUCCCACAAGCCCGGUGGAGGUAAAAUAAAUCUUUCUGGUCACAGUGUGGGGCGGCUUUUAGAUAAGCUUUGCAUUUUCCUGUAACUAGACACGACGCGCUCUGACCAAAGCGAAGUUUGGCACACUUUUACGCGCUUUAUCCGCCGCAUCGUUUGCGCAUCACCAAGCCGAGCGCGAGCAACUCGUUUUUCAAGAUCCACUGCAAGAAAAAACAGCCACGUUAAAGUAAGGAUUUUGCCGUUACAAAUUCCUGAAACGAGCCAAGCGGAAUCUUCACGUUUGCAGUUAAACCCACGUCAUUCUGUCAAGACAACUCCCCCUCCUUUUCCUCCCUGUUGGACCAACAUCCACAGAUUAGGAAGCAACAGGGUGAAGAUUUUUUUUUUUUUUUUUUUUGGAUCACAAGUCCAAUCAUGAUGACCGGAUUUCGGCUGAACUUGUCGCCCCUGAAGGAGCCGCUGGGCUUCGUCAAACUGGUGGAGUGGCUCACAGCCAUAUUUGCUUUCGGAAGCUGUGGCGGAUUCUCUGGGAGGAACAUCAUAUCUCUCUUCUGUGGAGACGGCAAGAAUGAAACUCUCAACGCCAACUUUAACUACCCGUUCAGGUUGAGCGAGGUCCCGCUCAUUGAUGGGAACACCACGCUUUGUAACCGCUCCGUCUCCACCACACACAUGGUGGGAGACUCGGCCUCCUCAGCCGAGUUCUUUGUGGGCGUCGGCAUCGUCUGCUUCCUGUACAGCAUGGCGGCUCUGCUGGUCUAUUUAGGCUACAUGCACGUCUACAAGGACUCUGAUUUUGGACCCAUUUUAGACUUUGUGAUCACAGCCUUCCUGGUCUUCCUGUGGCUGGUGUGUUCGUCCGCCUGGGCAAAGGGGUUGCAGAACGUGAAGGACGCCACGGACACUGACGGCAUCAGCGGCACGCUGGCGCUCUGUAAGGGCACCAACGUCACCUGCGAGGUGACGGAGUACGCCAGCAUGCGGGCCCUCAACAUCUCUGUGGUGUUUGGCUACCUCAACAUGUUUGUGUGGGCGGGCAAUGCCUGGUUUGUGUACAAGGAGACUCGUUGGCACUCCCAGAAAUCCUCCUCCCACCCUGGACCUGGAAGGCAACAGGUCCCUGCACCGAUCUAACGAACACGCAGCGAGACAGUCGUAUAAAAACAAACCGUAACGCGCACACACCGCGCAUGCAACAACACACUUACGGUACACAGUCGAGUAUAAAUGCAUGCAUGCAAAAUUCAUGCGUAGACAAAUGUGCAUAAAAACAUUUUUAGCACACACAAAAAAAAGUGAAGAGGAUGAAGACAGAUUAAAUGAAGGACAGACUGAUAGGUCAUCUGUAGGUAUUUGGACCUUAUUGUUACAGCAGCUGCUGUUUAAUUGGCAUUUUGUAGCUUAGAAUGACUUUAUGUUACAUCAUUCUUUGCACAUUUCUGAAAGAAAUAUACAUAAAAGCAAAAAUAUUCCCCUAAGCAGCCCAGGAGCAGUUGGCCAGGUGGGCAGAAGAUGCCGUCACACGUAAGGUUUGAUGUGCCUUUAUGUUUUUAACCUGCUCCACAUACUAUAGCAACACCAAUACAGUUAGGAUGCCAAAUACUUCUUAUGCUUUAGCAAGCACACACAUUCACAGACAACCAAACGUUCAGACCAAAUUUAAGCUUUAUAGCAGCAUCGUGCCUUGUUUUUAGGAAUUAUACACUUCUCUAAUUCCAUUUUCUGCUUGAGUUUAUUACACUUAAUCACAUGCAGAUGAGUGUGAGGUACUUUAAACCUGCUCUCGAAGAUAUCAAACUAAGCAUAUGGAGCAAAAAUUACAUUUUUUUGUGAGGAAAAAUGUGAGUUUUUCAGGGUAACACAGAGGGGAGAACUUUUCACUGUGAGGCAUCGUGUUAUUUAAGAAAACCCCUUUAAGAUUUUGCAUUCAUUGGAAGAUAAAUUGGUAAGUGUAGACACCUGUUUUCCCACUGUUCAAUUAUGUUUUUGCACAUUUUAUAUCGUUUUAAACUUUUCCUUCCCUUUUAAUUCAUUGGCUCUCUCACAGUUAAACCAUUUACCCUCUAGUGGCAGAAAUCAGAAGCUGCAAAUUUAAGCGAUUAAUGACCAAACUAGAGAGUUUAUCAUGAUAUGCAUCUAUAAAAGCUUGUAUUCUUGCAGGUUUAAAGGUCAAUCUACGCAUGAAAGCAAAUUUAGUUUUUUUUUUUAAGCUUUCAGAUACUCAAGCAAAGAGGCCUCCUACUCAAAUAUUAGGAAUGUAGUUUGUCUAUUGUUGUUUUGUCGUUGUUCACACAUGGUGCUUAAUGUGAUUCUAAAAUGUCCUUCAAAGCACUGCGAGUUUCACUCCAAGAAGAACACAUGAGAGUUUGCUUCUUUCUUAGCCCAGGAAAUAACCUUCUACCAAGGUACCAGUUAAAAGAGGAGUCCUGUGCCUUCCUUUAGUCAUCAUGUUGAAUGUAUCAGCAACAUCACAUUUACUAUUUAAUUGUAAUUUUCAUCAUUUUCUUUUUUCAAAAAAAUAUUCCACCGAAUCUUCUUUUCCUUCUGCUUGUUUCAUAUCUCCAUGUGAUGUUAAAUCAAUUAUUUUGUUGUUGUUGUUCCGUCCAGAACAUCUUGUUCUCCGCCGUCUGCCUUAUUAUAAUCCAUCACAAGACACCGAACGACGAGCUGGUUUUGUGUUUUCUAUGAACUGUGUCACUUUUUUUUUUUUUUUAACUGUUUUUCACUUUCAGUAUAUGCAAAUUGUUAGGUUGAGUCGUGUGAUUCUGUCUUUUUUUUUCUUGUUCGUCUGUUGUGUUUUCACAUAGUAAAAAAAUGUACAAUGAUGUAAAUUCCUUUAACUUUACCCAAAGACGAAGUUAAAUGAAACAUCUAGUGUGUGUGUUGUUGGGUGUACUGGUUAUACCUUCUGCACUCCUGCAAUCAUUAUCCGUUUUAACUAUAGCUUUUUAAUGAUUUGUAUGCAUUUAACCUGCCAAACUGUCUUAUCCAAGAGAGCUAUGCACUCCAUGACAUGCACAAUUCCAGUGUACUUUUUGUUUUCCCAAUAAAAAUGAAUGAUUUUUUUUCAUUGA